CAAUGAGCGGUCAGGGGCGAGCCUCUUCCGGGUUUGGCAGCGAUUCAGCAAAGAGGGACAGUCUCAGUGAGGCUGGCAAGCCGCUCUCUCACACACACAGAGAGAGAGAGAGCGCGCUCAGUACUGUAUACAGCAACCCAGCAGCAUCGCGGAGACCGGGGGCAAUGAACCAAAGCGAGAACCGAAAGAGGCCGAGAGACGCUGGGGCAGACACCAACCCGGUGACUCCAGCCAAGAGAGUCUCCCUGCUCAAGUUCAAACCCAAUUACCGAGACUGGGACGUGGAGGAUGUCUGCUGUUUUCUGCGGACACAUGGAUUUGAAAAGUUCGAGUCGUUGUUCAGAGAUGAAAAACUAACUGGAUGCAAACUACCUCACCUAACAGAAUCUGAUUUGGAGCAGAUUGGAGUGAGAUGUCUUGGUGAACGCUUGGAUUUGAUCAAGUGUAUUGAUUUGCUGUGGCAGAAACCUAUUGAUAUGAAGGUAUUCAAUGACCCGAUCCACGGACACAUUGAGAUGCAUCCAGUCCUCGUCCGGAUCAUUGACACUCCACAAUUUCAGCGGCUCCGCUUCAUCAAGCAGCUGGGUGGGACGUAUUUUGUAUAUCCAGGUGCUUCACACAACAGAUUCGAGCAUUCCAUCGGUGUGGGAUACCUGGCAGGCCAGUUGGUUAAAGCUCUUGCUGAACGGCAACCAGAACUGCGGAUUAACCAUCGCGACAUACUGUGUGUACAGAUUGCAGGACUUUGCCACGAUCUGGGUCAUGGGCCAUUUUCUCACCUGUUUGAUGGAAAAUUUAUCCCUCUUACUCGAAAAGAUUUAAUAUGGACGCAUGAGGAUGCUUCGUUGUCCAUGUUUGAGCACCUGAUCAAAUCGAAUGGCUUGGAAACUCUUCUGAUAAAUCAUGGGCUGAUAUUAUCCAAUGACCUGGUAUUUAUAAAAGAACAGAUCAGAGGCCCAAUAAUGGAAACGAGGAGCAAUGGAGAGGGUUGCAGUACAAAGUCCUCAGUGUGGCCAUACAAAGGCCGGCCCAGGGAGAAGGGCUUUCUGUAUGAAAUUGUUGCCAACAAGAGAAAUGGGAUUGAUGUUGAUAAGUGGGAUUACUUUGCCAGGGACUGUCAUCAUCUAGGAAUUCGGAACAACUUCGACUUUGCACGUUUCCUCAAGUUCGCUAGAGUUUGUCAAAUUCGCAAAAUGAAGCAUAUUUGCACUCGAGAUAAGGAAGUUGGAGACAUGUAUAACAUGUUUCACACACGUAACACCCUGCAUCGCAGAGCCUAUCAGCACAGAGUGUGCAAUAUUAUUGAGAGCAUGAUCACUGAGGCACUGGUGCUUGCAGAUCCAUACAUCGAGAUAAGUGGCACGGAUGGGAAGCUUUAUAAAAUGUCUGAAGCAAUCGAUGACAUGGUGGCUUACACCAAACUCACAGAUGAAAUCUUCCAACAGAUCCUGAAUUCAUCUCGACCCGAACUGAAACCUGCGCGGGAAAUCCUGAACAACAUCCUUUGUCGGAAGUUGUACAAAUGGAUUGGUCAAACUCAACCUGAAGCUGAAACGACCAUCCAACCAGAAGAAAUCAAUGAGCUGAACAAUCAGAUUGCUGCAGCUAUCCCUUCGACACCUCUCGAUGUAAAACUGGCUCCAGAAGAUUUCAUUGUAAAUGUUGUUCAGAUGGAUUAUGGGAUGGCAAAACAAAACCCCAUUAACAAGAUCCGUUUCUAUUGCAAGCACAACCCCAACCAGGCAAUCAAAAUUCGGAAAGACCAGGUGUCUCAGCUGCUGCCAGAGAGGUUUACUGAGCAGCUGAUCCAAGUGUACUGCAAGAAGUCUGAUCAGCCAAGUGUGGAAGCAGCCAAGAAGCACUUUGUACAGUGGUGCAUCAACAAGAAUUUCAGUAAACCCAGGGAUGGUGAUAUCGUUGCUCCUGAGCUGACCCCACUCAAACCUGACUGGAACGACAGUGACAGUGGAGCUGAUGACUCUGAUGACAAAGACGAGCUUCUGUUUAAUUCCCAUCCCAAUAGUAACCGAGCCAAGAUACAGCUUUUCAAGUAGAGUCUGUGAUACCUUUCUGGGAACCCUUGGGUGACUUCCAUUAAUGGAGUCGCAUGGAAGUGGGAUGCCUUCAGGAAUAUUUUGAUGUUUUUAAAACUGUUAAUUUCUUCAAUAUUUUCUCAUUUAAAGAAAGAGAGGGGAAAAGAUAUCUUUGUGCAAUUAGACCCCAGUCUAAACAGCUUUGAAAAUGUUCUGAUUUGGAGGAACGUUUAGUUUUAUAAAACCAACAGCUCAUUGAACCAUCAUUUGCCCAUGACAGGCAUUCAUCAAUAAUAAAAAUGUAUGUUUUUUUCUCUCUAUAUUGCUUAGUAGGCCAUCUACAGGUUCCCAUUGGGAAUGGUACUGAAGGACCAUUAAUGGGAUUCACUCCUAAAAUUUAAGCAUUUUACUUGCUCUGUUCUGCUUGCUAUAUAUAUAUUUUUGAGUUUCUUUUAUAAAUAGUGAUGAGAGAGAGAGCAAUGGAGUUUCCAUUGCUAGGACAUAGCGUUGAGAAGAUAGGGCAGUUGAUGGUUUCUCAUCAGCAUUCAGGUUUAAGGGUUAUGUUGUCUAAUGUUUCCUGGCCAUUGAAAUUUGAUGUUGUUAGGAGCUUGUUCAUUAGUUUACUUACCUUACCAUCAUAGAACAAAUCAGCAGAAGACUAUAUUGCAUGCAUCCAGUAACUGUUGCUUUGCUUCGAGUUUGUAGUUGGUGUUAUCGACAUUGUGACUUCUCAGUAUGUUACCUCUUCAGUAUACAAUUUAAAAUACUUUAAUCUUAAAAAGCUGCUAUACCUUAGCCACUGGAGCCUGGAAGAAAUUUGAUAAAUUGUGAUACAUUUUCCUGCACAGUUAGAGGGAGGGUAAUUUGUGGCUGGUGUUCCCAAUUGCUUUGUUAGAAUCUGAUUGGUAAAUAUUGCUGUAGGGGUCCGAUGGUCAGUACAUGGAGCAGAUGCCGCUCACUGGACUGAAGAUAAUCCAAGGUUGGGAAGCACUGUAUUAUUCUGGCAAGAGUUUCCAUUGUCAAGAUAAAGGUCAUGUAUGUACAUUUGGAUAUUGUACCACUAGGAUAAGCUAGGGCAGAGGACAAUCUAGAUUCGAUCAAGUAACUCUUUUCAGGUGUUGAGGUAAUAUUUAACUUAGAUUGAACUGGCUUCUGGAUAUUACAGGUUGAAUCACCUCAUGUUUACAGUAAUUCCUGACUGAAUACCGUAUAUGCAGAUUUAUGAAACAAAAAAUUUGUCCUGUAGAUGUCAGCAAACUGAAUAUGUCAUUUACAAUACUUCUUAACCUUGCAUAUGGGUUAUGUAAGUGAUUUUCAAGUCAAGAUUUGUGCUGUUGUGGAGAACUGCACAGGAACAUGUAGCUCUGGUCUAAUAUCCAUCUCUCAGUUUAUCGUUCCCUACAGUGCAGUGUAAAAUCCCAUCACGUACAAAUCGUGAUCCCAAAAAUGAAGCUUUUUGAUGUCGAUGAUAUAUCCAACAGAAAAUACCUUAAUCCCACAGGCAUUAAAAGACAAUGUGACCAAAUCCCAAAUAUUUUAAGGAAAUAAUAAAUACUUUUAUACUAGGACAUGUGGAGGAUUUACUGAUCCUGUGAAUCAAUGUAAGGUGUACAUUUCAGUUUGAGGUUUGUUUUUAUGUACAGUGUACAUGUAUCUGCACACAUUACUCGAUUUGAGUAUGGCACCUCUUUUUUUUCCCUGAGCUCCUCCUUUUGAGCGUCAUUCUACCAUAUUUAUGUAAUGGUGGAAAUUUAGAAUUCAGUACCUCUGCAACCAACAGGAAAAUAAGUUUGUGAGCAGUUGGCCUAAAUUUGAGAUUAAGGACAAAGGACAUGGGUUUGUUGAGAUGCUGCUGUGUUGUCUGUGGAUCUGGAUAGUCUGUUUUUGAGGGGAUUUGUCAAGAACUGGCUCAGACUCCUCCCCACAGCAUCUCCCUUUUUGUUCUGCUUUGCUGUUAGCCGGGAGCAGUGUCCUGGCUGAGUAACCAAACAACAUGUUGUGCUGCCUAAUGAUGACAAACCAGACCAUGCCCUUCCAACUGCUCAGAAUUUGACGUGGUUUAUUCCUAACAAAUUAAAUAGAAUUGAGACCAACUUGGUCCAACUGCAAUGUGUACUGUCCAGAGCAAAAUGCAGUCAGUGACAUUCAUAUUGGCACGUCAUCAAACAGUACUUUGGAGCCUUGGCGUAGAGGUCCUCCUAUCUCCUUCCAUUAAUAUUUCUCAGGUUACUUCAAAGGCACUACAUAAAUGCAAGUUAUUGUAUGCAAGCUGACAUCUCACAAGAUAAAUGAAUAAUUGUGAAAAAUAGUUGAAGUGUGGCUUUGUCCACAGGCAGUCGGAUGGGUUUAUGAGUGCACUGCAUGGCUACCCUUGAGUCCAGGGGUGAAUGGGAGUGGCGGGGUGGUGUAUGAGAGGGAGCUCUUCCUGGGCCACUUCUGUUUACUGUUGUAUCAGAACAUACUCAGGAGUGGUACAGUGCAUAAGUAAUUUACUACAUUUCCAGGAAGACAGCAUUUGUCAUUGACUGACUUCUGGAAUGGCUGAGAGCCUGUUUACCCUGUACUAGGGCCUGAAUUUUAACUUUUGUUGCUCCAUUUUUUGGAUACCAAGAUAACAAAGCUGUGUUGUGUAAUUAAUUUUAAAUUAUUUUUAGUGUGUACUUUAACACUGCUUUGUCACUUUGUUUUUGUGACUCUGGUGAGGUUUAUGGUGGUAAAAUAUCAGUUUGCUGUUCCUAUUUUUUACCUGGUGAAAUCCCUAAGCUUUCAAGUACUUUGCUGGGACCCAUUGUGUUAUGAUCAGGUAAAGUAGGCAAUAUACAGUUUUGUACAGUGUGACCUGUUUACUUUUAGAGCAAUCAGGGGAAAAUAUAAACUGUUCUUUGCAGAAGCAUUGAACUUGUUAUUAGAGUUUAUUGAUUUUUGCUUGUAAAGAAUUUCCAAAAGGCAUAGCAAAUGUUACCAAGACUUCGAUUGUCUUGUCACAAUGUUAGAAUGCUGGGAGAGGGAAAUGUUACAGAAUUGAAUUGAGCAUUGCCAGAAGAUAGGAGGAGCUUGUGCAAUGCUUCGAUAAGUUAAUCCUGCAAGCAAGAUGAGUUAUGUUUUAGCAGAGGGGUGAUUAAUAGAAUAAAAUAAUUUGGCAUUCAUCAUAUGUUGAAAUGUUACUUUUUAUCCUAUCAGAUUGUGAUUCUGAAUUGACAGAGGAGCUAUGAUCCAUAAAUAUUUGCAAGGCCCAUGUUCACAUCACAUGAGUUAAUGUGAUUUUUUUUAACCUCAUCCCUUGUACUUCGCUCACUUCAGUCCUCUCUGAUUGUUCCUGCGGUCUUUAAUCAUGGAGGAAAUAUAAGGUGAGCUCUACAGCAGCAAGUUGAUCACUUGGUGUUUCGACUGGUAGUUCUCAACAAAAAGAUGAUAACGCUUCAUCUGUCGUCGUUUACUCAGCAACCUGGACAGUUCAUUUUGACACUUACUUUUCUUGUACAUGUUGCUCCUGCAGUGGUGGUGCAGGACUUCUGGCAAGAUCUGGGUACUUUGGGCACAGAAUUGCUUCCGCAUCUCCUUUUGUGAGAGAGGCUGCCAUGGUCUGAUUUGUCAGUUUAACAUUGUGAAGACUAUGGCAUUACUUGCUACCUUUGAUAUGAAUAAUCUCCUCGCUGCAGACCGAUGUGAGACAUAGAUUCAUUCAAUGCAGCAGCCUGUGGCAUUGUAACAGUGUUAACAACCAGGAACUCAUACUUUGGGUUGAAGCAAAGGAAUUAUGCAGCAGUACUGUGUAAAUGGCUGUGAGAAUGCAGACUUAAUCUGCAGUUAAUAAAAAAGGAAACUUUCCAUGUAUUGGUUUAUAGGGAGCAAGACCAAAUGAUCGUUGAUCUGUUGCAAAACUUCAGACUGUGGUGGCUCUUGAAUCAAAGGGCUUAUUGAAAAGGUGUUGUGAGGAACAAGCCCAAGGCCUUUCAUGCACUUUAUACGCACUGCAAUGGGUGGAGGCCUCCCUACUCUGUUGAAUGUAUCCUUGCAGAAUCCUUUUUGAUGUAGAAACCUGGUAUCCUUCUCUCAACCUGACGAAAAGAUUGUAUCCUGUUUGAAAAGAACCUGCUUUGAGGUUUCAUCUGUUGGUAGCCCUGACCUUUCGGCAAAAGGUGUGGAAACUACUUGGGGGGUGGGGGGGAGGGGGGAAGGUAACAAAGGUCAUUUUACAAACUAAGUAUGAUGCAGAAAAAGGCCAUUCAGCUCAUGGUCCUGUUUUGAUAUUUAUGAUGAGCAGAAACCCUCUCUCACCCUACUCAGUCUCACUCUACCAGCAUAAUCUGUUCCUGACCUCCUGUGUGUAUCAAGCUCCCACUGUAUCUUUCUACUAUGUUAUUCCCAAUGCUUCCAACUGGUAUUGAAUUCUGCAUUCACGCCUCUCUGUACAUAAGAAAUUUCUCUUGAAUUCCCAAAUGAGCAUUGAUUAUCAUGCAGAAGGAGUCUAUUAGCUUAACAUUUUAAUCGAAUAAUAAUUAUUGCAGUAAAUCCACUAGAAUGCUUUGGAAGUAUAUACUUUGCACCUUUUGCAUAUUUAACAAAAUAUUUGCCUUUGUUUUCUUUAGUCACAGUAAUAGGGUUGCUAACAAUUUCUAAUUGUGUCUCUCUAAAGCCAUCUUUACCUUGAGGGAAGGUCAUCAACUGAAGGUUAUGUGGCCUUUCGAAACUAGAUCAUUAUAUUAACAGACACCUCAGUGUUUUGAUUUUAUGAUCAUCUGAUGGUCCAUUGUUCAAGAUAAUGGCACAUUGCAGUCUCCCUCUUUUAAUGACAACGUCUAAUAAGGUGGUUAUCAGGGAGGGUAACAGUCGGGCGUGACUGGUCCGGGAGAUGCUGCCCUGACACUGUGUGAUGUAGGUGAGGAGAGUCUCGUACAUUUCUAAUUCUACUCAAGAAAUGGACCUUCAUCCAUCCUCACUUUCGUCUUCCUUAUUUUAGUUAGAAUUCAACUAAACGUGAAUAAUGGAUAUUUCAUGAUGAGGUGCCUGGAGAGGGGGCACUUUCAAAUGUACGCUGAUAAUUCAUUUCUAGCAGGCCUUCUGCAGGCUGUGUGAUGUGAAUUGAAAGUGGCAAUACGAUACAUUGCGCACACAGGGAUUCCCAUCUAUGCAUUUACCUGCACUGUGCCUUUUAUGAUGUAAAUAUUUAUGCCGUUCAGACAUUUUGGUCAGACUUUGUAACAUUAUAGCUAUUGGCAUGUUUUUCUUUAUAGAAAGUUUGUAAUUGGUUAAUAAAAAAUGUUCUUCGAGAUAUUGACUCUGAUUAUAUAAUUAUUUUG